AUGUCGCAACCAUCUGAACAGCCUGUCCGGGGCAUAAUCCGGUCUCUCGUGGAACAUCACCAACACAGGAAUAAUAAUCAUCCCGAUAAACUGAAUGAAGCAAAGGAAAGUACACGCAGAGACGAUGGCGCUAAUAUGCUAAAUGGUAUCCCUGCGAAUAGAAAAUUGGUUGCAUCAUUUCCAGCGGAUAACGACGUAUUUUGUGCUGGGGAAGUGCUUUCUCGAGGAGACCAGUGUGCAAUGGAGGUUGGCAUCGUUGUAGACCAUAGUUCCGAUCCCAAGAGCCGCAGGCGUCCAUAUGGCGAACGGGGGCUCGUAGUGGCCCUGCGCAUUGCGGUAGCACGUCAAGGUCUGUCGCCUAGAAGGAGAGGAAGAAGAACCAAAAGUGCCAUCGACACCGGUGGUAAAGUGUUGCUCGCGCAAGCACCAUGCACCAUACAGCACGAGGAGCCAGGAGGGGGAAAUCCCAUGCUACCACGAGCCAUAUUGAGGCCGGAUCACUGGUAUAUUUUCGUUUUCUGCCGCUGGGCUAUCAUCUUAUACGAAUCGGAAAUUGAUGGCUAUCUUGCUCCUGACAUUAUCAUGUCAUCCCCAUCACCACCACCAUCAUCCCCACCACUUCCGCAGCUGUAG